AUGCCCCUCAUUGCAGCUGAAGGGGGCACUCUGCUCCUGCAGGUCCAUAAUCUGCCACCGAAUCUUUUUGCCUUUCACUGGUUCAAGGGAAAAGAGGCUGUCCUCAGCCAUCACACCUCUUUCUGCCAACAAGUGGACAAGCCAAAAUACAGCAGAGAGAUAAUGUUCUGCCAUGGGUCCCUGGUGUUCGAGAAUGUCACCCAGAAUGACACCGGGUUCUACACCCUACGAAUCGUACAGGACUCCCUGUGGAGUGAGAUGGUGUCUGUGGAGCUCUGUGUGGCCUCCUUACUGGCAUCAGUCCUGAAGCAGAUUGCCCCUGCCAAGCUCACUGUUGAAAUGAUACCGCCCUUGGUUUUCAAAGGAGACUUUGUGAAGUCUGUGCCACCCAAAGUUAUUGAAGGGAAAGUUCUUUUCCAUGUCCUUAAUCUGCCACAGAAGAAAGGAAGCAUCGUUUUCCUACAGACCCAAAACCUGCUACACAGUGUGUUUGCCUUACGCUGGUUCAAAGGCGAGGAGAUGGUGCACAGCCAACAAAUUGUCUUCUAUUUGCCAAAAGAGAGAUACUUCAAAGCAGGGCCCGCCUACCGAGGCCAGCAGAUCCUGUUCCAUGAUGGCUCCUUAAUGUUUCAGUUGGUCACAGGAAACGACACUGGGUUCUAUACCUUGGAAGUCAUCCAGGAUGACCUGUGGCGUGAGGUGGCAUCAGUAUUUCUCCAUGUGUCCUCUUCAUCUCUACCCUUAUCCAACUGGACCACCCCUGCCAACAUUCGAUUUGAAUUGGUGCCGUCCUAUGUUUUUGAAGGAGAGAACAUUCUUUUGUGGGUCCACAAGUUACCCAAGAGUUUAUUAGCCUUUCGCUGGUUCAAAGGAAAAGAGGCUAAAGAUUCCAAUAGAAUUUUCUUUUAUUUGCCAACCAUUGAAAAAUCGAAACCAGGACAGGCCUACAGUGGCAGAGAACAGAUGUACCCUAAUGGCUCCCUACUUUUCCAGAACAUCACUCAGAAUGACACUGGCUUCUAUACCCUAGAAAUGAUCACAAAAGAUGUGAAGAGCGAAUUGCUGUCCAUGGCGAUCCACCUGACCUCCCCGCAGUUAACCUUCUGGUACCGCACUACCUUUGCCAACGCCACUGUUGAAAUCAUGCCACCCAAGGUUAUCGAAGGGAAGACUGUUCUCCUAAUCGUCCACCAUCUGCCACAGGAUGUCCACAAUCUGCCACCGAAUCUUUUCGUCUUCCGCUGGUUCAAAGGGGAGCAGACCAUCGCUCACUGUGAAAUAGCGUCCUAUGUGACCCAGCUGAACAUCACCACACUAGGCCCUGCAUCCAGACACAGAGAGAUCGUGUACCCUGACGGGUCCCUGCUGCUGCAGAACGUCACUCUGAAAGACAUCGCAUUCUACACCCUCCAAUCUAUAAAGGAGGAUCUGUGGAGUGAGACCGUGUCCUGCAUAGCCCUGGCCUUACCGCAGGACUCCCAGGGAGCCAAGUCCGCCCCCGGAGACUUGUUACAAUCCACAGGCCACAGUCCCAUCGUCCUAGGGGCCACAGAGAUUCCUUAA